AAAAACGAAAACGGUGACAGCCGGUGAGAAAUAAUCACCUAUAAAAUCUCUAAAAUCCAAACAGAGUAACUAACUUUAUUCGCAAUCGCAGAUCCCAAAAGCAUUUCAAACAAUCUCUAACAUUUCUUUUCAAUUCUCACUCUCUCACUUAUUUUCCACUUCCGAAUCCAAAUUCAACAACAAUGGGUACCUCUCAGAGCCGCGAAGGCCUCGAUAUCUCCGACGCCGACUCAGACCAAUACACCGACAAUGAAGAAGAAGAAGAAGAAGAAGAAGAUGACGAUCAAUACGACGACGCCCAAGGCUCACACCAACAACACCAACAAAAGCCCCAAUCCAAAGCCAAAUCCGAUCCCAAAUCCCUAGACGAACUCGACGCUAAACUCAAAGCUCUCAAACUCAAAUACGCUUCUUCUUCUUCCUCUUCGCAAAACCCUAAUUCCGCGAAUUCCGUCAAGCUCUACCUCCAUAUCGGCGGCAACACUCCGAAUGCGAAAUGGAUCGUCUCCGAUAAGCACUCGUCUUAUUCCUUUGUGAAAACCUCGAAAAUCGACGGCGACAGUGAUGACGAUGAAUCGGACGGUGGAGGACAGUCGUGGUGGAUACUGAGAGUCGGGGCUAAGGUGCGAGCUAGGGUUUCGUCGGAGAUGCAAUUGAAGAUGUUCGGCGAUCAGCGGCGCGUGGAUUUCGUGUCCAGUGGCGUUUGGGCUUUGAAGUUCCCGACCGACGAAGCGUAUCGGAAUUUCGUCACUGAGUUUCAGAACUGUAUUUUUGAGAAUGUGUACGGACUCGAAGCUACGGAGGAGAACAAGCUAAAGGUUUAUGGGAAAGAGUUUAUUGGGUGGGUGAAGCCCGAGGCGGCCGACGAUUCGAUGUGGGAGGAUGCUGAAGACGAUGGGUUGAAGAGCCCCGAGCCGCCGGUCCGGGCGAGUCAGGACUUGUUGGAAGAGUUCGAAGAGGCUGCCAAUGGCGGUGUACAGAGCUUGACAUUGGGUGCAUUGGAUAAUAGCUUCUUGGUGAACGAUACUGGUGUUCAGGUUUAUAGGAAUCUCAAUCAUGGAAUUCAUGGAAAAGGUGUUUCUGUGAAAUUUGAUGGUUCGAGUUCAAGGAAAAGUUCGAGUGUGGCCCAAAUGACUCCAAAAAAGGCGUUGUUGAUGAGAGCCGAGACGAAUAUGAUGCUAAUGAGUCCAUUUAAGGAAGGGAAGCCUCAUGCCACUGGGCUUCAACAGCUCGAUAUUGAGACGGGGAAGAUUGUCACGGAAUGGAAGUUUGAGAAGGAUGGGACUGAUAUUACAAUGCGCGAUAUCACGAAUGAUACUAAAGGUUCGCAAUUGGACCCGUCAGAGUCGACGUUUUUGGGGUUAGAUGAUAAUAGGUUGUGUCAAUGGGAUAUGCGUGAUCGGAGUGGAAUAGUUCAGAACAUUACAAUGGCGAAUUCGCCUGUGUUGAAUUGGACACAGGGGCAUCAGUUCUCGAAAGGGACGAAUUUUCAGUGCUUUGCUACAACUGGGGACGGGUCGAUUGUUGUUGGGUCUCUUGAUGGGAAGAUAAGGUUGUAUUCGAAGACAUCAAUGAGGCAGGCCAAGACUGCUUUUCCAGGGCUUGGUUCACCAAUUACUCAUGUCGAUGUUACAUUUGAUGGGAAGUGGAUUUUGGGCACGACUGACACGUAUUUGGUCCUUAUUUGCACUCUAUUUACUGACAAAGAUGGAAAGACAAAGACUGGAUUUAGUGGCAGAAUGGGGAACAAGAUUCCUGCUCCAAGGUUGUUGAAGUUGACCCCUCUGGAUUCACAUUUGGCUGGGAGUAAUAAUAAAUUCCAUGGCGGCCAUUUCUCAUGGGUCACGGAAAAUGGUAAACAAGAGCGUCACUUGGUUGCAACAGUGGGAAAGUUCAGUGUGAUAUGGGACUUCCAGCAGGUGAAAAACAGUGCUCAUGCAUGCUACAGGAAUCAACAAGGCCUUAAAAGCUGUUAUUGUUACAAGAUUGUGUUGAAGGAUGAGUCUAUUGUUGAGAGUCGGUUCAUGCAUGACAAGUUUGCCGUUAGUGACUCGCCAGAAGCUCCACUGGUGGUUGCUACCCCUAUGAAAGUUAGCUCUAUCAGCCUCUCCGGCAAGCGACAACAUUGAUAAAUUAUCUUUAUUUACAUGACUGAGUUAUUUUCCAAGUUGUGUGCGUCCAAGGUUGCUUUCUUCCGUAUAUAGAUUUUUUUUUUUUUAGCUCUCUUGUAGUUGUUCUUGGCUUCUGCUUGUACUUAAAUGAAUUCUUUUCACUUUGUUAUAAAUUUUAAUAGUGUUUCUUGACUGAUAGAAACUUUAGUUAUUGUAAAUGGUGUGAUUCACAUUAUACUUGUGAGAAGAUUGGUGUGAUUUACAUUUAUACCUGUUAAAACUUUUGUGUGA